CACAUUUGACUACACCCCAAAAACAAUCCAAGUACUCCCUCAGAUCUAAACCCAUAAGCCACCUCUACCUCUAACUCUACCCUUUUCUCUUCCUUCCAAACCAAAACUUAUCUUCUUACAAGGGAAGCAGAUCACUUCCAUGAACUACCAAUGAAUAACAUGUCAUCUCAACUCACAUGGAAGAGUGGAUAAGAUAGAUAGGCUUGAUUCAGCUUCAAAUUUGGUGGCAGAUUCUUCAAAUCACUUCUAUUUCCCUUUUUUGGUGAAACCUGUAGAUAUUCAACUAUUCAAAGUAACCUGCAACUAUUCAAACUCUUCUGAUCUAUCGGAAUUCAGUUGAUUCUUGUACUUAAGGUUUGAAAUUUGAAGGGCAAGAACAAAAAUGGAUCCAAUAACAACUCAUGGACGACACCUCCCUCCUUUCCUCGCUAGAGAUCUUCAUCUGCAUCAAUUCCAACAACACCAGCAGCAGCAGCAAAGUUCCGAAGACGAGCAAAACCAUGGUCAGAAACGAGAUCGAGAAGAAACAGCCGCCACCACCGAGACCGACACGGGAGGAGGGAAAGAGUUAGCCUUAUCCGAAGGCGAAAACACUAGAAGACCGCGCGGCAGGCCUACCGGUUCCAAGAACAAGCCUAAGCCACCGAUCAUCAUAACCCGAGAUAGCGUCAAUGCUCUCCGGUCCCACGUUAUGGAAAUCUCCACCGGCUGUGACAUCAUGGAAAGUGUUUCCACUUUCGCCAGGCGAAAACAAAGAGGGGUUUGCAUUCUCAGCGGGAGCGGAACCGUAAUGAAUGUAACCUUGAAGCAACCUGGAGCUCCUGGUGCAGUCGUGAAUUUACAAGGAAGGUUCGAAAUUUUAUCGCUUUCUGGGUCGUUUUUGCCUCCCCCGGCUCCAGCGGCUGCAUCUGGAUUGGCCAUAUAUUUAGCAGGUGGUCAAGGUCAAGUAGUAGGAGGAACCGCGGUGGGUCCACUUGUUGCUUCGGGUCCGGUUGUGGUUAUGGCAGCUUCUUUUGGUAAUGCGGCGUAUGAAAGGCUUCCAUUGGAAGAAGGAGAAGAAGAAGAAGAACAACAACCAGUGGAGCCGCCUAUUCCUGGAAGCGGAACCUUAGGUUCACCGGGAAGCAUGACCACUCAACAACAACAACAACAGCAACUAUUGCAAGAUCCCAAUGGAUCUUUUGCUCAAGGAUUGCUACCAAAUCUUCUAAAUUCAGUCCAAAUGCCAGCCGAAGCCUAUUGGGGCACAGGCCAUCCCCCUUAUUAACAAAAAAACACAGAAAAUUUCGUGUUUUCCUUCUCCUUCUUUUCCUCUUUAAUUAUCUUUUUUCACUCCUUGUUAGUUUAUUCUUCUUUCUUUUAUUAAAUAGUUGAUGUUUUAAGUUUGAUCAUCAUGGCUUUGAUUUGUAGAAGGAUAUGUGCAAAUUUCCUGGAACAUUUCUCCCUGCUGUGGGUUUUUUUUUCCAGUUGUAUUUCUAUAAAAAGGUAGCCUUUUUCUCAGUUUUGCUCAUCAUAGUA